CUGGAUUUGUCGACUUCACGCAUGCGUACUGCAGCUCCACCGCUGAUGCAAGAAAUUUUCGGCGCAGCGGUGUGGGACUGAUCGGGAGACAAAAAGUAGCCAGAUUUCAGACACUUUUCAACCUGCAAAUAUGUCAGGAGACGAGAUGAUUUUUGAUCCCAACAUGACCAAGAAGAAGAAGAAGAAGAAGAAGCCCUUCAUGCUGGAUGAGGACGGAGGAGAGGGGGUGGGAGGAGAAGAGGCUAAAGAGGUGGAGGCAAAGGAGGCAGAACCAGAGGCUGGAGAUGACAAAGAGAUAGAUCUGGAUGACGAUGAAGGCAGGAAGAAAGAGCCGUCUGAUGACUUGAACGAUCUGAACUUCUUCAACCAGAAGAAAAAGAAGAAGAAACCCAAGAAAGUAUUUGAUAAUGAUAUCGAGGAGGGAUUAAAGGAACUAAAAAUUGAAGGCGAACAGACAGAGGCACUGGAGGAGGACAACCUGGACUUGAUGCUUCCUACCAAAAAGAAAAAAUCAAAGAAAGUAGAUUUUGAUGAGGGAGAACUAUUGGAGAAGGACGACGCUCUGGAGGAUGAUGAGGGGAAGAACAAUGAUGGAAUCUCAUUCAGCUCCUCCACAGGACCAGCCUGGGCUGGCUCAGAAAGAGACUACACUUAUGACGAGCUCCUGAACCGAGUCUUCAACAUCAUGAGGGAGAAGAACCCAGACAUGGUGGCUGGAGAGAAGAGGAAGUUUGUGAUGAAGCCUCCUCAGGUGGUCCGAGUGGGAACCAAGAAAACCUCUUUUGUCAACUUCACAGACAUCUGCAAACUGUUGCAUCGUCAACCUAAACAUCUCCUUGCUUUCCUUUUGGCUGAGCUGGGAACAAGUGGUUCCAUAGAUGGAAACAACCAGCUUGUGAUCAAAGGCAGAUUUCAACAGAAACAGAUAGAAAAUGUGUUGAGAAGAUAUAUCAAGGAAUAUGUGACAUGUCACACCUGCCGUUCCCCAGAGACCAUCCUGCAGAAAGACACUCGCCUCUAUUUCCUGCAGUGUGAGACGUGUCACUCCCGCUGCUCUGUUGCUAGUAUCAAGACUGGCUUCCAGGCUGUGACGGGCAAGAGGGCGCAGCUCCGCGCCAAAGCCAACUAAAGGCCACCGAAACUGGGCUCCCCAUCCUCUCUCGGCCUCCCCUUUCCCCUAAGGAGGGCUGAAGCUGGGGUUGGACGCCACCUUGAUUUGUUAAAAGGACUCUCUGAAUUGAACUGCGGGAGGGUUUGGCAGUUUAGUUGUGUCAUGGCCUGACCAGGCAGGGAGUGAGAGAGUAUCUAAAGCUGACAGAGGGGGUUGUGGGCACUGUAAGCAGAUGAUGUGUACCACAUACACUGUAGGAUGCAUUUGUUGUCUAGCUGAUGAACCCUCUGUCUCCAAGGUUGUUUUUUUCCCCCAUUUGCUGUAAUUCUUGGUUCCUGCAAGAAAAUUCUGAUUUAACAUGGCUUGAAUCCUUUCUCAUUCAUUUUUCUCCCAUUAACCAUACACCAGACAUGAAUAUUUCUUUGAAUAAGGAAUCCAUUUCGCCAUGCAACCAGCCAAAUUGUAGUUAAGCUAAAUUGAUCUGCAGUAACAGAGCAUAGUUGCUUUGUUAAUUGUAACUGUGUGGCUCAUGGUCGCUUCUUUAUUCUUGAGCUCAACCUUGCUUAAACUGAAGGUUAUGUUUCUGUUUCUGGUCUGGCUCCAAAUAACAGAACUGCCAGUCCUGAAUUUAUAGCCCUAGUUUAUCAAGGAUGAAAAUCAAAGUCAUCAGGCUGGAAUACAUACAGAAAGAUGCGUCACUGUUAACAAGUCUGUGACAGGCACCUAACACAGAUCUCCUUUGAUUGUUUUAUAGCAGAUGACCACAAAGUCAAAUUAAUAGGGGGAAACCACCUUCUCACUGGCAAAUUUAAUAGUGAGGUUGUGUUUGAGACAAACUGAAAUUGUAAAGUGUGAGUGCUAUUGAGGCAUUUAUGAGCAGUUGUGUACUUAAUUAUUUCUUUGACUUCAAAAGUUCAGAUCAAUACAAAAAUGACCUCUAAGCUGGUGCGUCGGUCUCCUCUUACAGGUCAUUAUUUUCAAAUGUGAAUCAAGAACUUCGCAACACAAGCUAGCCAGGAUAUGAAGAGUUUCAGUCCAAUGAUACUGGAUACAUGAUAUUGGUUCUGUUCUGGUUUGAAAAGAAAGUGAAUAACAAAGUCUGACUGGAAUCAUUUUAAAACCUGGUUUUUACAAAAAUAAAAUAUUCUCUCUCUCUCCA